CCCGCUACCUUCCAGUCACCUUGACGACGACGCCUGGCGCGGGGCGGGGCGGGGCCAACCGGCUUCCAGAAGAAACCGUGAGCCCGCCCGUGCUCUUUCGUCUGUGUUCAAGCUUUCCUUCAACCCCUCCGCUUUGUGCACCUAGAGAACGGCUCCUCUGCUGAUGUUAUAUGAAGAGAGGAUUCUUUGAGCCCGGGCCUCUAUGACAUCCAAAGACAAAGAUGUGGUGUCCUCAACACUGUCUCCCUGGGAUGCCAUCCUUAAGGCUGCCAAAGAGCAGCUGCCAUCCCUGGAUUCAGACUCCGCCCUGUCUGACUGUGAGGAAGAAGAACCCUUCAUCUUUCAGCGAAACCAGCCCGUCCUGAUUCCAGACCUGGCUGAGGAGCUGGCUGAAGACCCUGCUGGUGUUGAAUCUGGAGCCUGGGUUGCUGUAGGGAGGAGUUCUUCACCUGAGCCAUUUCUGAUUCCUGAGAGACUCGCCAUAGAACCCAGAAGUGGACAGAAGGUAGAACAGAAGGACUUGGCACUUCAGGAAAGAAAAGUCCCUGGCUGGGCUUGCCGGAGCUGUGUCAAGAUCAGUCCUAUUCUUGGGGAGGCUGAGGAGGGCCCACCCUGGCUGAAAGGCAACCUUAGAAACCUGUCUAACCCCAAAGAAUCCCAGAGUCCCCCAUGGACUUUCCAGGGAGAAGAUACCACCUCUCCUUUGGAAGGAGAGCUGGAGACAGAGUCCUCAGAUGUUAACAAGCACAGAGCCCUCCGCAGGGAAAGGCGGAAGAUGAUAGAGAAAGAUAUCCUUCAAAAAGUGACCCAGGCUGCCCACAACCCAGCCUGUGGUGACCAAGGCCAGACUCCAAAGUCAAGACCCCAGCCAGAAGCAUCCUCAGAACAGUCUUGGGAAGGAUGUCCUGUGCUCUCACUCCAGCAACUUGAAGACUGGGAUUUGGAUUACAUCCUUCAGAGUCUGCCAGGGCAACAGGACUGCCAGGGUGACAGUGCUCCCAGAACUGCGUGGUGGUUAGCUGACCGCUGCCAAAACCAAGGGCACACCAUUGGACUCUCGCAGGACACACUCCUGGACCAGCUGGCCCUCCUGUGUGCCACUCAGUCCAGCGUCUGCAACCCUACCUGGAAGGUUUCUGCUGACAAACCCAGAGACACAGAAGAACAGGGAUCCAGAAGCAGAAGUGCUUUAGCAGAGCCUGGCUUUCAAACUGAGCCAGCCCAGAAGCUGGCAGGGAGUAGGCGGCUGAAGACAGAGCCUCCCACGAUUUUCAUCGACCUGCGGCAGACAGAGCCGUCAGAACCACAAGAGCACCAGUCCCAGGAGAGCUCUGUAUGUAGCUCCUCUGACAGCGAGGAAGAAGAUGUGGAGGCAGCAGACGCAGUAGAGGGGGCAACCUCCCCGGACUGGAGGGACUGUACAGGGAAGAGCCAGCUUCUCCAGCAGCUGAGGGCAUUUCGGAAGGGGGCUGUUGCAUCCCAGAUAUCUACCAGUGACAGUCCUGGAGGCCAAAAGGCUCAAGCCCCAGAAGAUACAGCUGGAUUACAAACUGGGAGGAAGAGACACAUAAAACUCUGGGCUGAGAAGCAGAAUGUCCUGGAUCUAGGGGACCCUCGGGACACAGCCUGCCAGAGAGGUGCUGCUACCUGCUGUGGGCCAGCUAUAUUCAACUCAGACACAAAAGCACACAUAGGCUCCAGGUCAUUCCAAGUUGAAGGUGGCACUGAUCUUUGCUAGUCUGGAGAUACCUACCAGCAAUUCCAAUACCAGAAGUCACACUGUGAAAUGCAAUGGUACCCACUCUCCCUCCUUGGUACCCAAUGAAAGCCAAGAUCUGGUCCCCACAGGGGACACCUGAGCCUCCUCCACCUGGUUACUUUGCAAGACAUGUCUCCCCUCCCCAGACUCCAUCUUUAGGGUCUUUCUGUACCUGCUUCCUCAGCCCCUUUGAUUUCCUGUCUCCUCGUCUCACCAGAGUCUUCCCAGGCCUGCUCCACAGAAGAGCAGAGAAACCACUACCAAGGCAGGGCUUGGGUGGCAUGGCAGGGUUCACGUGGCAUUCAGCUGUUUUAGCAUUGAGCUGUGGCAGGAGUGUUGGUGUGUGUGUGUGGGGGUGUCACUGCCAGUUGUCCUGCUCCUGAAGAUAGACAAGGAUCUUCAUGUCAAGUCCUGAGCCACACAAAGGACAGGUCCUAUGGCAGAAUUACAGACAGAUCACUGUUGUCAGUGGUAGCCAGCAUCAAGUCUACAGAAUUCUAUCCCACAAACCCGUCUGAUGCGGCCACGGGGACUGCACCAUUAGGCCCAAUCCCAAGACAUACCCUGUAGAAGCCACAUGUAAGUCAGGCCUCCACCAAGGCCACAGGCAGCCUCCCUGUAAGGGAGGCCAGGCUGCCCUGCCAAAGUGCAGAGGUCCAGGGCAUCACAGCUCCACCUUCUGCCCAGCAGCUUCCACCUCAUCCACUUUAGCCAUCAACAAGUGCCUUGUUCCUAAACCCACUUUCUCCCAAUUCUACCCCACUUAAUGCUAGAAAACCUGUUGAGAAUGACACAGUGAUAGGAAAUAAAUUCUUCUGCAAUUUCAA